AUGAGAAGAAGAGGCUCGAGUGUUUCUGAUAAUAAAACUCGGCGGUCUCGAGCGGGAUCUGUGGCGUCGACGACUUCAUUAGGCGCCGUGACGGUUGAUUCGAUAGCGCUUGAGCAGAAGAAACCCCGUGGACGAAGCAAAUCGUUGACGUCUGUGCCUUCCUCGACUGUUGACAGUGAUGUUUCGAUCACGUUUCCUCUUUCGACGAAGGAACGCCAACAGGUUUGGGAGUCGUGUUUUACAGACUACAACAACGAUUUCUUGUUGAGCGUGGACGAUCAGUGGUUGAUUGACGAAUCGACCAGCCAUGAAGUGUUGGAGUUCCAAAGUUAUCUGAAAUACAACCACAAGGAAAACAAGGGAUUCCUGGACGAGACAAACGCGGUGAUCAGAGAUUUGAAUAAACUGCUGGUAAUUGGCGACCAGGUCACUUUGCAAACGGUCGAUUUCCAAACAAAAUCCACACAGCUAAUUGAAGAAAUCGACCAGAUGGACACUCUUCAUCAAGAGUUGGCCAAAAAUCUCACUGUUUUCGAGUCCCUGGACCCAAUUGUGCAGACACUCAAUACUUCGAGUUCGGUAUCGAUUGUCACCAAGGACUCGUUCAGAACAGACAUCUUAGAGGAGCUAGACAAGUGCCUUGAUUUCGUGCACGAUCCAAAGAACUCGUCGUAUAAAGAGAUCAGCGCUUACAAGCACCGAUUUAAACAGUGUAUGAUCAGAGCACUUUCGUUGGUGAGAAACUACAUCAACACUGGCAUCCGUGAACUGGAAGCGGAUUUGCAGCAGAGAAUCAAUGAGAAAAAGAAAGAGUCCGGAAUGAUCUCGGCCAGCGUCUCGGUUUUGGUGGACGCUGUCGUUUACAUCCAGUUCGAGCACGAUCUUGUUGAAUACAAGCCAUGUUUUGAGGAAUUGUACAAACGUGCGGUCAAAAUGCAGGAUUCCGAGUAUUUGGGACUGCUGAACGAUUGUUACAACCAGUACUUCAAGUCGCGGUCUAAUCUGUUGAACCCAAUCAUCCAGCAACACGUUGCUGCACAGGACACAUCCAAAGAUUGCAUCCAACUUGCGCAAAGCAACAUUGCAUACUUCAUCAAAACCAUGGAACGAGAAUACGAGAUGUUCAAGAAUCUGUUCCUAUUAGAACCUUCAAAAUGUACAGAAGAAGUGGACAACUCCACAAACAUGUUGUCCCUCACAAAAUGGUUCGAGCAGUUGCUCGAUCCACUUUAUUAUUUACUCAGAAACAAGAUCAUCCGUGAAAACAGCAUUUCCGAGCUGUGUGAGUUGAUCUCGAUCCUGCAGAACUAUUUCGAUGUCGAAGAUCUGGAUAACAGCACCAGGUUCGACGAGUCGGACAUGUAUCAUCACGAGGCCCCAUUGCAAGAGAAGAUCCAGCUUGGUGAACUGUUUAGACCAAUUCUUGAGGACACACAGACAAGAUUGGUGUUUAGAGUGCAGGUUUACGUUGACAAGUUUAUCGUCAGCUAUAAGAAAACCGGCCGCGAACUCACGAUCGGCCAUCGACGCAAACUCAGCGUUGACGAUCCCAUCAACGACGAGACACUCACCAGACCGGAUAGAGAGCUGGAUCGGGGAGAGAGCAUAUUUUCGCUCGACAACACAGCAUUGACUCCAGAGAACCUCAAAUUUGUGUAUCCACCAAUAGUGAACGCUGUGAAGUUGCUGAUGAAGAUCUACCAGUUGUUGAACCAAGGAGUGUUCGACGACCUGGCGAAUGCAGUCGUUCAUCUGUCGAUUUUGUCGAUGCACAGUAACUUUGGAACGGUUCCCGGGGUGGAGGCCAAGCUCUACGAGAUCAAGAGUUUGAUGUUUUUGCGCGAAUAUAUUGCUACUUUCGAGAUCGAACAUGCUCGGCGAGAGACUGAGCUGGAUUUCAGCGGCAUCCAGAAACUUUUCAACCGGUUCAUUAGAGGACAGAACACCAAAUCAGACAUUGACAACAAUUUCUCGGCAGCAGCAGCAGAAGACCCUGACGAAAACAGAUUCUUCAAUUUGUUGUUGGGCACAGUGCCAAAGGUCGUGAACGACUUUGUUGAUUGUCGGUACGAGAUCCAAAUGGCGUUGCGGAAUGCUGUUCACGAAUUCAUCAACGAAUCUGCCAAGCCGUUUGUCACUCCGCUGGAAACGUAUCCAGAACAGCCAUUGAAAAAGGUGGUGGAUAAGUUCAUGCGCACUUUGAAGAACGAGCUCCCACGCCUCAAACCAAGAAUCCUACUGUACCUGGAGGAUGACCGGAUAUUGAAUUUUCUGCUGGACGGGAUUCAAGAGAACGUUAUCAAGGCGUACGAGACUUUCUACUCCAAAGCCGAAUCAGAAAAGUCUCGCGAUGUCGAGUACUUGCUCGACGUGGACGUUAUUAUUUCGAUGUGGGCGGAUCUUGUCAGUGAGAUGAUCGAUCUGGACGACCCAGAGUUGGUCCUCGACGUGUACUCGGACGACGACGAGUACGAUAACAUGGUGAGCGAAAACGGAGACGUGAGCAACCUGAACUUGGACUCUUUCCGUCAGCACGACAAUUCUAUAAUAAGAUGA